AUGCGCCGCCUCAGCUCGAACAAGGCCUCUGCGGAGCAACUCUCCAAGGGCCCCGUGGUCGUUGUCCCCCCGAAGCACCUUAUGGCUCCCUCAGGGGCGAACGAGGUCGCCCAGGCCUUCGAAGCGGCACGCCACGAGAUCGAGGCCGCAGAAAUCCCCGGCACACCGCCGACACCGCCCGAGACGAUGGUUACUGACAAGUACGCCUAUGCCUUCGAUAUUGACGGUGUCCUCAUCCGCGGUGGCCGGCCGAUCCCAGAAGCCAUCGAGGCCAUGAAGUGGCUAAACGGCCAGAACCCGUACGGCGUCAAGGUCCCCUACAUUUUCGUCACCAAUGGCGGCGGCAAGACUGAGAAGGAACGGUGUAUCCAGCUCAGCAAGCAGCUCGAGAUGGAAGUCUCGCCUGGCCAGUUCAUCUGCGGCCACACCCCAAUGCGGGAGAUGGCCGAGCGGUACAAGACCGUCCUUGUCGUUGGCGGCGAGGGCGAGAAGUGCCGGCAUGUCGCCGAGGGCUACGGUUUCAAGGACGUGGUCACCCCUGGCGACAUCAUCAAAGACAACCAAGACACCACGCCAUUCCGUAAGCUGACCAAGGAGGAAUACGAGAACUCGCGCGCCCGCAAUUUUGCCAAAGUCGAGAUUGAGGCUAUUUUCGUGUUUGCCGAUUCCCGUGACUGGGCCUCGGACCAGCAAAUCAUCCUCGACCUUUUGAUGUCCAAGAAUGGACGUCUCGGCACCCGCUCAGAAACCUUUGACGAGGGCCCGCCAGUCUUCUUCUCCCACAACGACGUCGUCUGGAGCGCUUCCCACGACCUAACUCGCAUCGGCAUGGGUGCCCUCCGCGUCUCGUUAGAGGCCAUGUUCAAGGCCGUGACCGGCAAGAACCUCGAGACCACUGCCUUUGGCAAGCCCCAGAUUGGCACAUUCCAGUUCGCGACCCGUCUGCUACAACAGUGGCGGAAGGACACGCACGGCAUCGACUCGCCGCCCGACACCGUCUACUUCGUCGGCGACACGCCCGAGUCCGACAUCCGCGGCACCAACGAGUACGACCAGCACAGCGAGAACAACUGGUACUCGAUCCUCGUCAAGACGGGCGUGUUCGAGGCGGGCACCAAGCCUCGCUUCACCCCGAAGGCGACCGUCGACACCGUCCUCGACGCCGUCAAGCACGGCAUCGAGCGCGAGUACCGGAAAGCCUUGAAGGCGAGCCUGGACCUACCUGAGCUCGCCCACGCCAUUGAGGAGUAG